AUGGUACGAACAAGAGCUACGACCUCAGGAGCAAACAUUCCUCGCCACGAGACGGGAGGUGGGUCUCACCAGAAUGCAACUGAGAUGGAGGCACGACUGGCCCAGAUGUCUAGGGACAUGGAGGUCCUAACUCAGCAGAACCUUCGUCUCUUAAGGCGAUUGGCGGACGAACGAAUUCCUGAAAUGGCCGAGGGACAUGAAGAAGAAGAGAGCAAUACCCACAACGAAGCAGACAGGGAGAGCAGAAGGGUCACAGAAAGAACUCAGCAAGAAGAUCAACCCCGGUCAGUUGAAGGGAUCGCAAACCCCCCUCCUGGUGGAGGUAUGGUGAAUCAUCAACGUGAAGAAAGAAGACUUAAUGAAGCCAUCGCCACACUUGAUGAGAAAUAUGAAGAUAAGUAUAACCGACUGCAACUCGAAAUCCAACAAAACCACAAAGGAAAGACUUCUCGGGUGGAUAGCCUGUUGAACAGGUCUUCCCCGUUUACUGAGCAUGUCUUGGCAAUUCAACUCCCGGAGAAAUUUAAAAUUCCGGCCAUUCAAGCAUAUACCGGGAUUGAAGAUCCCACUGAGCAUCUCGACAGCUAUAAGAUGCAUAUGGACCUAUAUGGGUCCCCUCAGGAGAUGGCAUGCCGAGCUUUUCCACUUACCCUGUCCGGUUCGGCUCGGGAUUGGUUCCGAAAACUCCCGCCAAAUUCCAUCACAAGUUUUGAUGAUCUCGGGCGGAAAUUCGUAACUCAAUUCCUGGCUGGGUGUAAGAGGAAGAAGCCUUCUGGGCAACUGAUGGCGAUGCGCCAAAAGGAGGGCGAGUCUCUGAAAGACUAUAUGGCCCGAUUCAAUCAAGCAAAGCUCACAGUUGAUAAUCCAACUGACGAAAUGGUCUAUGCUGCCUUAUAUCAGGGCUUACGAGUGGAAGGGCCCUUGAUGUCAGAAAUUGCUCUCAAUCACCCUGAAAGUUUGACUGACUUGACAGACGUGAUUGAGAAAUAUGUAAACCAAGAGGAAACCCUCUCAGCUCUGAGGGAAUCCCAAAGGCAGAAGGUUACGGAAUCGAGCAAUUCCGCAAAGAAGGGAAAAAAGAGUCAGAAAGAAGAAAAGCGGACAGAAACCAAACCAGCAAAGUAUUACCAGUUCUCUAUAGAGGAGUGGACUCCUUUGAAUGCUCCCAUUAACGAGGUAUUAAUGGAAAUCAAGAAGGAUCCGCAUUAUGAGAGGCCUUUUCCCCUUCACAACAAGCAGGUAAGGGAAGAAAAUAGGCACAAGUUCUGCGCGUACCAUGAUGCUCGGGGUCAUGUUACCGAGGAGUGCAGAAAUCUUAGAAUCCUGAUCAAGAAGUUUAUCAAAAACGGAAAGUUACUCCGUUUUAUAGCAGACAACCAGGGCCUGCCUCGGCAGAAUCAGAGGCCUCAAGAGCGUAGAGACCGAGAGCAAGGGUAUAGGGAGCGUUCUCCUCAGAGACAUAGAGAGCGUUCUCCUCCGAGACAUAGAGGGCGUUCUCCUCAGAGACGUAAUGAGGAUCGCCGAGACAGAAGGGAUGAACCUCACCGAGACAGAAGCAGAAGCAGAGGCGCACAAGGUCAUGAGCCACGGAAUGGGCCGGUCAUUGCCGACAUCCGAACUAUAUUCGGAGGCUUUGGCGGAGGAGGAGAAACAAGUGUGGAUAGGAAGGCAUACGCUCGGUAUCAGAAACAUCAGGAGGUGAUGACUAUAGAAAGACCCCACAAAUCCCACAGGAGGGAAUCAAUGGUGGUGGGGUUUUCAGAUGAAGAUUACGCGGGAGUUUCACUUCCACAUACCGACGCGAUCGUGGUCACGCUGCAGGUGGCUAACCACCGAAUUCAUCGAAUGUUCAUCGAUAAUGGGAGCUCGGCUGAUAUCCUAUAUUGGUCAGCCUUUCGGAACAUGGAGAUCAGCCCGGAAAAGGUGAUCCCGGCUACCUGCCCUCUGGUAGGAUUUGCUGGGGAACAGGUCUUGCCGAUCGGGUCCAUCGAACUCCCUGUGACUGCUGGGGAUUAUCCGACCACAAAAACUAUUAUGGUCAAGUUUUUGUUGAUCGAUAAACCCUCGGCCUACAACGCCAUCAUUGGAAGAACAGCACUUAAUGAUCUGAAGGCGGUCACUUCCACUUCACAUUUGAAGAUCAAAUUCCCAACCGAGAGAGGUGUUGGGGAAGUAAGGGGAGAGCAGGGAGUGGCACGUCAGUGUUACAACAUAACGCUGAAAGGGACCCCUUCACAGAAGAGCUGCAGGGAGAAGAGCGAGAAAUAG